AUGCAGGCGGAAUACACUAAGAGCCCAACUGCAAACUUCCCCUCCAAUGUUCCCUCCUGCAGAUCCCUGUCAUCCAGUAAGGCUGGCCCCAGUGGCCCCUCCAGCCUCUCAGAUGGGAAGCUGGCCCGGAACUUACAGGACAGUGUCAAGCACCGCAUCCGGUACCUCUCAGAACAGCUGAGAGUGGAAAAGGCCAGCCUGGACAGGAACACUGUGGGCUUCCUCAAGCUGGUGUCCACAGCUGGCGGCAGCAGCCCCCAUGUCUGGCAGGCCUUAGAGAAGGUGAACCAGCGUGCCUCUGCCACCGUUGCCCAGAUUGAGCGAAGGCUCCACCGGUGUCACCAGCAGCUGCAGGAGCUGGAGGAGGGCUGCAGGCCCAAGGGCUUAGUGCUGAGGGCAGAAAGCAGCCUGGGGUACAACCGCGAGCAGCCCAGCGAGAAGGCUCUUUCAGAGUCCCCCAAGCCAGGUGCCGAACACUGCCCAUCCACCGACCUGUUUGAUGUCAUUAGACACCUCUCUCCAGAGAGUCACUCCCCAGCCUUGCAGCAGGGGAGGUCCUCGGAGACCAAGCAUGGGGCCCAGCUGUGAACCCUGCUGUGGCAGAAGGUGAAGGAAGAGUGGAUCAAAGUCAAGACCUUCCACCUCAGCUUGCAGGUGUCCUAUCAGAGCCUCAAGGAGCGGAAGAUGGGUGCCGGCAAUGCCCGCUCCCCCAGGUCAGCCACUCCCCCUCUGGUCCACAUGCCCGGGGCCUAG